AUGGAGACCGCCCGGCGCACCAUCCGGACGGAAGGGGGAACUGGCAAGAGAGGCAAAAAUGCAGACGAGCUCAUGCUUUCCAGCGUUCCUGCGGAGGUCUCGCGGCGAAACCCUGCGGCGUCUGCCGUGAGAAGCGGCCUUCUGCCCUCGUCAUCCGGCGCCUCGUCGUUUGGGCACGUACCUCUUCCUCUCAUACCGACUUCCACUUGUGAAAGAUCCUCUCUGCGCGUCGCCAGGCAUCCCUCCUUCGUGUCGCCCUCGCCUCCUCGAGCGCCUGUGGCUUCGUGGUGCUCCGCACUUUGUGCUUCGAAUUUUUUUUCACCUGGGGCGGCCCCUAGUAUUUGCUGCAUGCCGCGUCUUCAGCUGCGAGGCGCAGACCGCGGGGCCCCGCUCUCUGCGAGAAGCUGCGGGUGUCCGCGACGUCAUCGAGGCGCCUGUCGCCCAUCGUUCUUUCCGACCGAGGCGCAGAGCCACGGACUCCACGGGGAGACACUUCUCGAGUUCCCCUCCUCUCUUGACUUGCGCUCACCGGGGCCCUCCUCGGCUUUGUGUGAAUCUCACUCGCAACGUUCUGACUCGUCUGCGCUGGCUGCGCCGCGUGCGUCGUCAUCGUGUCUCUGUCGCGCGAUCGCUGCGCGCUCGCGCGAACCCAACUGCAUGCGCUGCACGACGCAGAACGGGCACCCGCCGCGGCGGGGUUGUCUGCCGCCCCGCGCCUUCUCCGCCUGGUGUUUGGCUUCGCUCUGCGGUUGCUUUCUGUCUUUCCUCCUUGCCGCCUGCUGCCUCCUCUCUCACGCUGCGUUCUUUGUUCUUCGCUGUCGCCUGCGCCCUGCCGCGAGGCGGGUGAACUCGGGCCGCGCUGCACCGCCUGAGAAGUCCUUCGAGGGCUCCACCCAGCGCCGUGGAGCGAAGGCGCCGGCGAACGCCGCAGGUCGCUCACGGCGCAGUCGCUGCGUUUCGUCCCUCCUUCUCGCGUUCUCAGCUCUCUCUGCGUCCGCGGUCGCUCCUGCCUCUGCGCGCCUGGCGGCGGGCGCGCCUCGCGCCGCGGCUCUCUCUCUCCUGUGGUCUCCGCCGGCGUUCUUGCGGGCUGGGUGCGACGCGCAGUUCGCUCCUGCGCCGCCUCCGCGCGAGGUAAGGGUCGUGCGCCACGCGGCAACUCCGCGACCGGCCUGCCUCCUGGCUCGCGCGCCCGCGGGGCCUCUGCCUUCGUUUGAGUCUCCGACGGGCGCGGUGCCUUCGCCCUCGCCCAGUUCUGGGGCGACGCCGGUCUCUGCGAGCCUGUCGGCGAGACGGCUGCCGGCCCAAGGGCGCCCGUGCGCGCAUCCACGGUUUUCUGGUCAUUUUCAAGCGCCAGGCCACCGCCUGGCCGCUUUCCUUUCCUCGCCAGCUGCUGUAUGGCGCAGCGGCAGCGAGUCGACGAGUCUUCUCCUCUUCGUCCUUUCGCCGAUCGCGCUGUUGCAGAGGGCUGCGCGCACGCACCCUGCCUUCUCCACCACCGGCUCCAGAGGGCGUCAGGCGGCGCGUCCGGUCUCUGCGGCCGCCGCGGCGCUGCUUGCUGCGGCGGCUCCGCCGAUGCCGAUAGCAGGCACAUGUGAAUCAGCCGUCGACUUUCGCGGCGGCAAAAGAACGUCUUCCCUUUGGUUUGCUUUCACGCGCCUGCAUGCGGCGGGUUGCCAGGCUGGCGGGCGAGAAGGACGAGACGAAGCGCGAGAUGCGUGCAGCUCCGCGUACAGGUUGGAGGCGUCCGCCAGUCGGAAGUCAAGUCUCGGCGCAGCGACGAGUGUUGCUUCGCAGGCGCGCGUGGGGGCAACGGCAGCCAAGCCCGUGCACGCUGCAACGCACAUGCCAGAAGAAGAGAGCGAGGCCGAACUUGACUUGCCACGACGCCUCUUGAUUCCUAAAUACAAACUCGACAGAGAGGCACAUCUGCGCGUGUACCAGCCUUCAGUCGUACAAGGCAAGCCUCUGGUUUCAGUCUUCCUCGUUGACGGAAACAACGAGGCUUUGACGCUGCGAUUUAGCGGACAUGGCCUCGCGGAGACUCGCCCCUACCGCGUGGUGUCUCUCUUCCGCCCCGAAAUGCCCGUGCCCAGCGUCAAAGAGGCGAUUCGCCCCUACGUGGAGCAGCUCCAGAAAUGGCGAUGCCGAAAUCUCCGCGUCACGUACCGCGGGUACCGCCGUCUGGCGUACCUCGUGAAGCGGAAGGACAGCGCCCACGUCGUGGAGAUGACGUUCGACUUGAUUCCGUCGGCAGUCCACUACUUGCAUGUGAAGCUCAAUCUUGACGACAACAUCAUCCGCUUCAUGCUCUUGAAAAACCCUCCGCUGCCGCGCAGCAUCGUGAAGCGGCGCCACAUGAUUCCUCCUGAGGAGUUCGAGGAGCUCGUUCGGUACAGUGGCCUGCCUGAGACUCGCUCCUGA